CGCUGUGAGGGGUAUGGCCGCUGCAGUAGGCGGUAGCCGUGCUGUACUCUCGCUGGUUCUGGGCGUUUUGUAACCGCUGUCGGGACGGCAUUCGUGUGCCCGGUACUCUAACGUGACUGCAAAUAUCUUUAUUAUGCCGCCAGGUGACCGAGAAGACUCAACUCGUAAAAGAACACUUCAAGCAAAGCGCAACUCUUAGGCGCUCGCUCCUGCGGCGAGCAUCGGUGUCCCUAGGCGUAACCGAGUGAACGAGCACAGCGAAGGAUGAAGGAGCGCACGCGGAGCCCGGCGGGGAAUGAAAGGCGGCGAUAGAAACGAAAGGAGGAGGGUGGAGAAGGAGAGUGCAAGGGAGCCAUGAGACGGAAAGCGGAGGAGAAAGGAAUGGCGGGCGAGUCACACGACGGUGGGUCAUGCGAACGGCCUCCUGCCAGCCUCGAAGAAUCGUACAGGCGCUGCUUUGUGGGCGGCGACCUGUCGGCGCAGUACAAAUUGGCAAGGCCCGCGAUGCCGCCUGCGAUGGUCGCAGACAUCGUCGAGUACGCGAACCAAAUGGUUUCAUGCAAGGAGGGCGUUUGCGUCGACGUCGGAUGCGGUCCUGGACAGAGCACGGAACUUUUUUGUCCGCACUUUAGGAAGGUCGUGGGCACCGAUAUCAGCGAGACACAGAUCGGCAUAGCACGAGCAGCUUGCACCGCUAAGAACGUGAGCUUCGAGGUGGCCAAGGCCGAGUCCCUUCCCUUGGACGCCGGCUCCGUCGCGCUGGUGUCGACGGUGAAUGCGCUGCACUGGUUCCACUGGGAUUCCUUCUUCGCCGAGGUUCGCCGGGUGCUGGUGGACGGCGGCGUGUUCUGCCCGUCGCUGUACCGGCUGCGCGCCGUGGCCGAGCCGGGACUUGAGGACUGCCUAGAGGAGUUUCGGUACCAGGAGUUUAAGGGCUACCUGACUGCUCAACACGACUUCUGGACGUACGGCUACGAGAAGACGGAGGUCCCCUUCAGUGACGUUCGCAAGAAGGACUUUGCAGUGAAAGAGAAUACGACGUUGUCGGCUGUCAUGGCAUGUGUAAGGACGUGGAGUUUUGUGAUACGAAUGGAAGAAAAGGAACCCGAGCGUGCCAAGCAGGCUCUCGAGAGACUGGAGACGAGAAUUCGCUCGAGACUUGGCAAGCCUGAUGAAGAUGAUCCCGAGGUUCAAGUAGCGUACAGAGCAUCUUACAUCCUGUGUCGGAAGUAACAUACGUGGGGAAUUAUAAGAAUAUGCUCGUGCGCGUGCCUCUGGUUCAGUAAAUGCCUUAAUCGAGAAUUAAAGUACGUCUGGCCAGCUCAUACCAUUCUGCAGAGGGGACCAAUAAACUUGUUUAGAGUUUACGAUUUACCUGAUA